AGGAGGAGAGAAGAAGAAGAAGAAGAAGAAGAAGUAGCAGCAGCAGCAGUAGUAGAACAAGCAGAGGAAUUAGAAUUGUUGGAAAUAUGGAAAUCGAUCAACAGUUAACAGUUCACGUAUCCAUCCAGAAAGGAAUUUCCUUACCUCCUCUGCAAAAAUGCAACAAUUGCUGCUCUUCAGGCAAAUUUCAUUGUCCGUUUUGUUUACCAGCUGCGUUCAAACCCACAAAGCGCUGCAGACUUUGGCGUCAUUUGGACAAUCAUUUAAGGAAGGCCAUUUAUGUCGAAGAAAACACAAUCCACAGAUGCGGACUCGAGUGCAGAAAACAGCCACAUUACCACUGUUUGUACUGUACAGCCACUGUGUUAAGGAAAAGAGAUUUCGUCAAUCAUCUACCAUCCUGCCGCCGGGCCCAACAGCGCAAAGCCCAAAAAUUAUCCAAACUAAAGACAUCUGUGACACAAAAAGACCAAACCAGGGGUUUGCUUGCACCUUUGCUGACCACUGGAAAGAGUAACAUCCCUUCUUAUGACAUAGAGAGCAGCGAUAACAGUGAUGACAGCAGCGAUAACAGCAAUGACAUAACCAUAAUCCUAGAGUCGGACGACGAAAACAGCCAAGGAAUGAGCAGCAGCCAGUUAGAGACUCCUAAUGUCCCCAAGUCAAAUGAAGGUUACACUGUGUGGACGAUGGAGAGGAGUCCGGAGCCAGACUCUUCUAAAUGUCACCAAGCUGUACAGACAGACACUGAGCGACCACAAGACUGCGAUGAGUACUACUUCAUGGGCCUUGCUAGCGUGUUUAAGAAGCUGUCCCCACAGAAAAAGGGGGAGGUCAGGAUGAAAAUGGAGAGACUCCUUUUUGAAGCUGAAUUUGUUUAGAAGAGGGUUUGCAUACACACAAACACACAAAAUUCAUUUUAUUUCACAUAACAAAUUGUGCUACUGUACUACAAAUGUACUUGGCUCUGUUUUGUGUUUUUGAAUAUUGCCUCAAAGAGCCCAGACACCAGGACACAAUUUUAAUAUCACGUGUGAUUUUUAUGGGUUUUAUUUAAUUCAAUCACAAUGUUACAGUUUAUAUCAAGGAAUUAAUUUCAAGAUCAGCAUUAAUUCAGAUGUCCUAUCUGCAGAGUUUCUGAUUCAUAAUCAAAAGCUGUAGACUGCUGGGAGGAUAUGGUGUCCACAUUGUCUGACCACAAACAGGCUCCUGUUCACUGCUCUGUCGGACUCUGGGCAGUUAUUUGUGUCAGUCAUUGUUUUUUCCAUUAAAAUAGAUUUGCUGUUGCAA